AUGCAACAACAACCACCACCAUACCAUCACCAACAUGAUAAACCAAGUUCUGUAGGAAGUAGUGGUAGCAACUCUUCAAGUGGAAGGAGUUUCCUUGCUCCUACAAAGAUACAAAAGAAUUCUUCUUCUUCUUCCUCAUCUUCAUCUACUACUACUAGUAGUAAUACUGGACAUAAUACAGUAUCUACAUCUUCAUUUUUGUUUUCAAAACCAAUCAAUAUUCCUGCAUCGCUUCAGACUUCGUCGUUGAACAAAAAGAAUCAACCUCAGUAUCGUGUAUCUUCAUCGGCUCCCAUUAAUAUACCCGUUCAGAACCGUGCACGAAGUGAUAGUCAUGGUAGCAACACGAGUACAAAUAGUAGCAGCAGCGUAUCUCCAAGAAAACCAUCAUCGUUUCAACACACUAGCAGCAGUAUGAAGAUGGGUGGCAGCUACACUUCCUCUUCGGGAUCCUCCUACUCUACAUCUCCCUCUGGAUCGUUUUGGAAGCAUUCAUCGUCACCUGGUGGCAGUCACCUCGGUGCCACUAGCGGACUGAGUUUCUUUAAGCCAUCCCCUCCAACCGUCCUUUUACGUCCCUCUCCACCACCCUCUUCUUUUCAACAAGGAUUACGUAAUUCAUCCUAUUCACCUAGAGGAGGGGGAGGAGGACUAAUGUCAAUGUCUCCAUCGGGUGCACCCGUCUCUCCCAAUGUGACAAAUGGAGGGUUUGCAGUGCCAACAGGGCCGACACUUUCAUUUACAAAGGUGCAACCAAAGAACUAUAACACGCAAACCACAAGUAGUACUACUGGAGGACUGUCAUCAUCGUUUACUUUUCUUGCUCCAACCUCUCCCAUCUCACCUCGUCUACACACUUCAACUUCAUCAACAACGUCACCACCAAACAAUAACAAUGAUAUCUUGUUUACAAAUGAUGAUGAUGACGAUGAUAUAGAUAUAGUUGAAGAUGUUGAAGAGGGAGCGAAUGGGAUGACUCAAGACCAACUCGAAGAUUCAAUCUAUGAGGAUGAUGUCGAUGAAGGUGACUAUGAUAGUCCUCUUGGUGGAUCACCUAUCAUCCCCACCAAUUUGGGUAGUCACAAUGAUGAGACAUUAGAGGAUGCAGCUUUAACUACAUCUACCACCUCGACCACAUCAACUACCACUAGUAUCGCAACUACCACUACAUCCAAAAGACAAUCAAGACAAGAAAAGGAAAAGACUAGAAUGGUCCAAUUCGAUGGUCUCCAAGACCCCAAAACAACCGAAGAUUUGGUAAUGGAAACUUGGUCAAAAGUUUCAAAAACACCAAGACAUCAUCAAUCUGACACCUGUAUAAAAAUUUUACAAGAUAUUUAUCAACAAUCAUCAAAUUUUAAAUCAAAGAAAUAUAAUCAAAAUAAUAAUAAUAAUAAUAAUAGUGAAUCAACAACUUUACCAACCUUACCAACAUCAACUUCAACAACAUCAACAACUUCGACAACUUCAACAACUUCAACAACUUCGACAACUUCAACUACCUCUUCAGAAGGUGGUGAAACAAAAGAAGAAGGAGAAGGAGGAGAAAAGGCAUUGGAAAUUAAAAAAGAAGUAGGAGAAGAAGAAGAAGAAAAAGAGGUUAUUGAAGACCCAUUCCCACAAGAAUUGGUAGAAAAACCAUUGAGAAAUUAUUUAAUUCAACAUGCUGCAGGAUCAGGCAAAAGUUUAACCAUUUCUUGCCUUACAUCAUGCUUGUACAGAUUAAUGGAAGGAGAUCGAUAUAAAUACGAUCUCAUCGUUGUUUUAAAUGAUAGACUUCAUUUAGAUACUCAACUUGGUAGAAUUGUUACAAAAUUUUUAAAGAAAAAUAAUUUAUAUUCAUAUAUUAAAGUAAAUUCAAGUAAAAUGUUGAUGGAUACAUUGAAUCAAGGUAAAAAGAGAAUCAUUAUAACUACAAUGCAAAAGUUUAUACAUUUGGUAGAUUCUACUGAAUUUAAUCGAUCUAGAUUUGCCAACAAGUCGAUAGCAUUGAUAUCUGAUGAAGCACAUCGUACUCAUGGAAAGUCAAUUACACGUAGUAUUCAUAGUCUGCUGUCUGGUGAGACUAGACAAAACUCAAACAUCACCUACUUUUGUUUUACAUGUACACCAACUCCAAAAUGUUUGGAGAUGUUUGGUGAACAAAAGGGAAACACUAAAGCACCUUUUUACUCGUAUUCAUUGGAACAAGCGUUAAAAGAUGGAUUGGUUAUCAAUGCAAUUGACAAUUAUACAACAGUGGCUAUUCUCACAAAGAUCAAUCAUACUGGAAAGAGUGAGGUGGUCGACAAGAAACGUGCAAGUUAUCAUCUCUUGAAAAACAGUCAAAACGAUCGAAAGAUUCUUCAAGAAAAGGCACAGUACAUUGUCAAACACUUUGUCAAGCUCAGAGAUGUUAUCAAUACUGACGAGUUUAAGGGUAGGGCCAUGUUGGUUACGAGCAGUCGUCACCAAAUCAUAGUCUACAAGUCAAUCAUUGAAAAACUUAUCAGAGCAUUGCCCAAAGACAAACGAUUCGAAGUGGUUGCUUCAUUUUCGCCAUUUGUACAAAGAAAGGUGAUCAAGGCAGAAUCAACCAAAUCAAUCAAUGGCAAAUAUGCAGACUAUUGUAAAUCUCGUGACGGUAUUUCAAAUAUCCUAAAAGAUGAUACCAAACAUAAAGUACAAUUAAUCAUUGUCGCCGAUAAAUUACAAACUGGUUUUGAUGAACCAAGUUUGGCAGUAAUGUAUAUUGAUAAAGCAUUAAGAGGAGCAAAUGCAGUUCAAACUAUUGGAAGAUUAAGUAGAACAGCACCUGGAAAGAAAGCUGCAUAUGUUGUCGAUUUUGUAAAUAAUAGAACGGAUAUUUCCAACUCGUUUAGUUCGUAUUGGAGAGAGACAACACUCAAAGGUGCAAGUAAACAGACUCUUUUGGAGAUGAAGUUGACCAAGGUAUUGAAAAAACUCUCUGCCAUUGAUCCAAUCAACAGAGGAGCCUUCCAAGAGUCGAUCGACUAUAUCGUUGACGAUGAUGAGCGAAGGAAAAAAGAAAAACGUAGUGGAAGUAUUCUCGACGAUUUAUCCGCUUUUCUUCAUCUCUGUGAUUCUCUUCAAUGGGAUCAUUCUCACUCUCCUCUCAACUAUAAAUUUGUUACUCAUCUACGUGAAGGUGUAAAUGUUAAAAAAGCUGAAUUAAAUCAUAAAUUGAAAUCAAUUAAAGGAUUAUUAUUAAAUAUUCAAAAUGAAUCUGAACAUUUAGGAGAAUCAACAGCAAAAGUUGAAAUUGGAGAAACUACACCAAUGAGUUCAACUAGAUUUAGGUUGACAUCGAGAACCAAUAUGGCACACUCUAAAGAGGUUAUUUCAAAUUUGAAUGUUGGUGAAGUGGCUCGAGUCAAUGAAAUGCUCGAUAAUCCUGUCGUUUCCAAAGGUCCAGAUAGUAUGGAUCUCGAUGCUGACAAUUUAGAGUUUGCCAAACAGAUUUGGUCUGCCAAUCCGGCCAUUAGACUUCACAAAAGAUUAUUGACAGAUGAUAGUGACAAUGUCGAACUCAAUCCCAAAUCGUUCAAUGAAGCAUCCACUAUUGAACAAUCAAUGGCCAUGGUCAUUGAUUUUGUAGUAAGAAAUGGUCAAAACUUUGAAACUCUCAUCACCAAUCAAUCACUCCGUGUAGUAUUCCCCUUUAUGGAUCCAACUCAUCCAAAUCAUAAACAAUAUAAAGAGAAAUUGGCCGCUGCUUUAAAACAAUCAAAUAAUAAUAAUACUAUUCAUCAUACUUAUCAUACUCAUUUUAAUAACAGUCAUAAUAAUAAUAAUAAUAAUAAUAAUCAUCAAAAUAAUAAUAAUAAUAAUAAUAAUAAUUCUUCUUUAUCAUCAUCAUCAUCUUCUGUACAGAAUUCAAAUCAACUUACAAUCCAUCAUGGAUUACCAAAUCUUAAAACAUCUGGAACUAAUUUGGAUAUUGUAAUGUCUGAGAAUAGUUCAAGUGGAUCAGGUCAUGCAGCAUCACUUCGUACCUCACAAAUAUUGCAACAGAUUCCAACACAAGAUCUACCAAUGAAUGUGACGUUGCCAGCAAUCAACCCAGACUCUAUUGUUGGUAGACCACAUACAGCAGGAAGAAAAGGUGAUUGUUUGCUCAAUGAUUGUGUCGCUUCUUUUUGUCACGACCUCGAAUCAAACGAUGCUGGACUUAGGGUCUUUUCCAUUCAGACUCUGCUUAGUAUGUCGUGUGAGGGUAUUCACAAGAAUGAUAUGCACGAAGUCAUUGCACCAAUCAACAAGAUUCUAGUCAACCGCAACGAACAUCUCGGCACCAAGAUGAUUGCCAUCGACCUUAUCGGAGCCAUUGCAGUCGAUGAAACCACCCUUCAACAAGUACUUGAACAACAAUUGGUUUUCACGUUGCUCAAAUUGAUUGCUGGUGGUGAUGAGCCUAUUCGCGCCAGAGCAUGUCGUCUCUUGACAGCGCUGGUUAGUGAAGUUGCCAUUGUGUCUGCAUUGCUCGAGUCACCCAACACUGUCCAACCAAUUGUCCAGUUGUUGGAUUCCUACGAUUACUCGGUCACUGACCAUGCACUACGUCUACUCAUCACUCUCGCCAACGAAGAGCGUACCAUCAAAGCCAUUCGUCCCAUGAUGGAUGCCAAUACCUGGAGUAGACUCGAGCAUCACAAAAUGAUAUCCAUCCAAGAUCUCACGGUCCAUCUCAAAGCCCUUCUCAUCGGUCCCAAACGUACCCACACCAAUCAAUUCCAACCUUCCCUUUCAACCAAACGUAUAAGAGGUUCAAGUAGUCUAACCAAAUCAAAUUAA